UUUUUUUAAGCAAUUGCAGAAAUCAGUCUUCUUUCCAGUUUCGAAAAUCCUCACAAGCCAUGGGCGAAAGAGGAUCCUUUGGAUGCCAGAGAGUGCACGAAGCACAUUGGGUUACAGUAAUUGUAAAAUAAUUCAUAGUCAUAAUUCGUAAUGAGGAAACCUGAAAGUUGCUCGAAGCUAUCAAUGAAUGAAAGGUGGGGCAGGGGAGCUUUGGGGGCGGAGCCUUGUCAGCCAGUGCCUGGACUCGCACGUCACAAAUGGAAAGGCGGCCCGUGGAGGGAACUCAAGGCCUGAUUGGUUCGUCCUAAGCAGGACGCGACAGGGUUGGCAGGGCAACCGGCCUUCGGUUAGUGCCUUCAGUGGGUGCCUUCAGUUGGUGGCAUUCGGUUGCCUUUCCUGGGGAGAGGUGGCAGGUGCUCUACUCUGCAGUCGUGGGGGCAAGCGAAGGCCCAAGCUGCCCGAGAAGAGCAGAGUUGCCCCAUGGGGACCACGAUGACUUGUCACAUGUGCACCAAAGCCAGCCCCAGGCAGGGCCUGCGCAGGGCUUCUGCGGAGCCGUCCUGCGGCUCUGACAUCUAUGAGUGGGCAGCCAGCAAAGGCGAAGGCCCCAGCACAGAGGAGCAGAGGCGCCCGGAACACGCUGUCCCCCAAUGCCAGCCCCAAGCUGGGCCAACACUGGGUGCAGUGUUGGGAGCAGUCCUGCAGCUCUGAGAUCCACUAGUUGGAGGUGGGAGAAGUGCCAGAUUCCACUGAUUUGGAACCUGCCCGGCCUGAUUCCGGAGCCGUGACUUACAGCACAUUGGCUACCAGAAGACGCCCAAAGGGAGAGGAGCAGAAGACCUUCUGGUGUGGGCUGGGCAGCAAUUCACUUGAAGGAGAAACAGCCCGGGUGUGGAGAGGCGGCCAACCUUGGCGGGAUCCUUUCUAAGGAGCCAAGAAAUCAACGUAGAGCUUCCUCUAUCUAAUUCUCUAACAACUGCAGACCUUCCAUGAGUCAAGCUUUGUGUCAAAAGGACAAAUUAAAAGGACCUAUAAAAGGCAUCACCAAGCCCAAUGGACAGAUGCCCCAGGCUGCACAUUCUGUCAGUGCUGUUCUGGAAAAGGCCCAAACACAUGCUGAAACAUGGAAGGAUAAGAAGCCAGCCCUCGGGAACCGCCAGGAGCACCCUGGGCCCCGCACGGCCCCAAGUCCAGCCUGCCCCGCUUCCUCUGGUGCAGAGGUCCUGGGACACCAGCAGCAGCCCCGCCACGCCCCCCAAGGCCAAGAACACAGGCGGCAGGGGCUUCCCCGCCCUGCCAGACUACUUCCUGCCGCCACAGCCACCACCCCUGGACGACCCAGAGCUCCCGCCGCCCCUGGACUUCGUGCUCCCUCCCCCCGCAGUGGCCAAGAGGCCUCCUAUGCCCCACCCCCGCAAGAGACACGAAGCAUCAAUGUUCGGAAGCAGCAAGUGAAUAAAAUAAAUGCAUAAAAGUUAAA